AUGGUGGAUAAGACCUCCUACACAGGCGCUGUGCCUGAUCUGGCGGUUCGUCAGAUUUUUGACAGGCAGAAGCUUUUAGAGAACCUGUGCUUGCUCAUGGCUGACUCCUCCCUGCUCUCGAUCGAGAGGAUCGCGAUGCUGGGGGACACCAUCUCCCAGGCCAAGACUACGCUCAAGGCCAUUGUCAAUGAUGAUACAAAGUUUGGAGCGGACAACGCCGCUCGCGAGCUGUCUCUCACUUUGCUGGCGGCCGUCUGGAAAGCAUCAGCAGCCUUUCAAGACCAUACGGCCGCUCGGCGAGCUAAAAUGGAAGAAGACCCGAGCAAGAUCCCGGAAAUCCGAGGUGAAGACCACGCUGAAUUCCGGGAGACGUUCGUCUCUGCUCACCCAGACGUCAUCCUCACCUAUAUGCGGGAGCCCCGUCGCACGUUCGUGGAGCGGAUCUACCGCGACUACAUGGUGCACGGCUCCGUCAGCUAUUAUGAGGUGGCCGAGAUGCGCACGCGCAGCGAUCGCCUGACCUCCGAGGAUCUGCUCAAGGUGGUCCAGCACGACAACAAGGCUGCGAUCGCGGCGGAGUCCGACGUCUUGGACCGCUUGCGUGCGUUCUUUGUGGCCCUCGAGUACCUGAACAUUUGCGACUUCACCUUUGCCGCGGGCCCCCUGCGGUACCUCUCGGAGCUCGAAGAGUGGAGGCAUGAGAACAGGGGCCUCUCACUUCUGCUCUCCGUCGACAACCUGAUCAGAAAGAAAGUGGUCAAGCUCAACAGUGACAAGCGCAAGCUCUUCCCCACGUUCUCGGACGCGCUGCUCGAGGUCCUCAAGAAUCACAAGCAGCUCUGGAACGACGCACGCUCGUCCGCGGAGGUGGAAAAGUUCCAGCAAGCUCGGGCCAGUGCUCCGCAAACACCGGCCAAGC